AUGCUAACUCGAAGAGCCGCAGCCCUCUUGGGACAAGGGAGGGAGGACGGCCAAAAUAGUGCAUCUUCAUCACAUGGUCAGCCUCAACAGCAGCGGCAAGGUUCUUCUUCCCCUUCCCUUGCUCCUUCCGCGCGCCCCUUAGGGGAGUUUAAUGGGGGAACGGGGUCGGAUAGGGCACCACCACCGUAUAUUCCGCUACCAGAACCGCUAUGGGAAUUGAGAAGACGCUUUCCAUCAGUUACACGCACGGUGCUCUUACAGUGUAUACGCUGUCAUCGCUGGGUUGCGCAGCCUGUUACCAAGUCGCCCCCACAGGAAAGCGAACCUGAGGUGACAAAAGAGGGAGAGGUGAUCAGUUCAUCCAUAAUUAAGGCGUCAAAUGCAAGUGGAGAGAAUGAGUCCGGUGAGGAGCGUGACGGAGAGGAAGAGUGGCGGUCACCGCGUCUACAGCUGCAUUACGAUAAGGUUGUCGGAUACGUUAAGGGGAACGCUGGGGAGCGUUCGGGGAAGAAAAAGGAACUCUGCCCAUACUUCAUUCCUAACCCAGCCGUCUUUACGUGCCAAUGGACUUAUUGUGAGUUAGAGGACACAUGGUCCGAUCUGCGGGGAAAGUGGCUUGGGGAGCUAUACGCUGCAAUGGGAAGUGCAAAAAAUGAUAAUGAAGGGGGUUCCCGCAAGAAUGGCGGUGUGGGUGAUCAGGAGGAACGGAAACGUCUGAAUCUUCAACUAUCGAGGGAACUUCAUGGUCGGCGGAGCGGCCGCCUAGCAGGGGGACUGCAUGGGACCGCAGGCACGAGGGGUGAGUCAACCAAAGUGCAAGAGUGCGCAACGGAGUCAACGCACAGUGGUGGGAUGGCUGACCGUGUGGAUAAUCUUGUAAGAAGCGAUGAGGCUGUUCUAGCUGCGUUUUGCUGGAUUACUUGCGACAGUUGCGGGAAGCUACGGCGUGUUCAUCAGCCUUUCCCCGGUGGCGCACCUUUUGUAUGCUCGUUAGCGCUUAACAUUGGAUCCUGUAGUGUGCCGGAGAUCGACGGAGUUAGCGCCAUAUUUGGAAGUGCGCGUGGCCACUCGGCCUUAAACAGAAAGUUGGCCUAUAGAGAUGGUGAUGCUGCUCUGCGUGGUGCUGUGAAAUCGGACGCUGCAGUUUCGCAUGCUAAAGCUCGCCAAGGGACAGCUCAAAACUCUAUUGGGAGUCAGGGUUGCCACCCCAACUCUUUAGAAUCUUCGAUUCCUCUUCUUCGCUCGCUGACGGCGGCGGUGCGAAAGAGGUCCCUAGGCGGGUUUAUCAAAAAUAUAUUAACAACGCCAGAUGAAGUGCGCUCCAAGCGGGAGGAGGUCAUGAAGGCCUCUCUCGAUCUUGCAGGGGAGAAACCCAGUGACAUCCCCAAACAGCAGUUGGAAGUGGAAUCCAUCGCUAUGAGACCAAGCGAUCCGACACUAAAGGUAGACCUUGGCGAACCACAUAAGGUUAAGGUUGAGGAAGAUCCCGCGGUUCAACCGAAGCAGACCGGUGAAAGGGGGAAAAUUAGCGCUGCCCCACCUGGAAGCGCACGUGGAGGCGCUGAGGAUGCUAAUAUAGGCGGCGAUGCCGCACCAAAAUGUUCUAGACGGCUUGGGUGUCCACCCCGUCCAGUUAUGCGGCCGUUGAGUAACAGCGCCGAGCGUCACGCAGCAACUGGAAACAGUGCGCAAGGAAACCUAACUACACAACCCGGUGCGGCUCCAGCAAGGAUCAAGACAGAGGGCUCCAUUGGCAGCGGUGUGAUGGGCAUUAACUCGAAACCCAAUGCUAAAUCAGGAACGGACACCGGUCGGACGGCGCGACCAGAAAGCGGACGAGAAGCGGGUAUUGAGUCUAAGUCGAAUUCCUCAGAUGGACAUUCCUCUUUUAGCACAGGAAAUAGCGCGAGGUGUACCCGGCGGCAGCUGAAGCUGACCGAAAUGCUUGCGCAAGUGGACAGUGGUAAAUUGCCAUCUCCCUCUAGUGCAGUGACCGGUAACGUUUCCAAAAACAAAAACGACAACCGAGGCGCGGCGACCGCUAAUCGUUCCCAAGCCAGUGGGCACAAAGCAUCCCGCCGAACCGAUAGGAACUGUUCCAAGGUUGAGGAGGCCAGUACCUCUGAGGAUGAAGAAGGAUAUGAAGUAACCCAUUGGGUCUGCUGUGACGCAUGCGACAAGUGGCGUGUCCUAUCAAAAAAACUUCCCCAUGGGACGAAACGGUGGGAGUGCACUAUGCGUGGAGACGGAACCACGUGUGACGAUACCGAUGACGAAGUCAAAAUGAAUCGUGAGGAAAAGCGUAAGAAGGCGCAUAAGGAGCUUAAAAGGAGGAGGACAUAG